CCAAGGCUCCUGCAGGCUCUGAGGACAGCAAGAGUGAGGGCGUCGGCUGACCAGGGGUCUCCCAGAAUGCCUUUGGGCCUCUCCCGGGAGGGCGUGCUCAGCAUCUGUCUUCUGGCAGAAGAAAGUCAAUAUUGACCAGGUAACCGCUCCCCAGAAAGCCAUGACAGAGGCAGGAAAACUUCCCCCACCACUGCCCCCUCGACUGGACUGGUUUGUGCAUACGCAGGUGGUUCCGCUCUCCCAAGAAGGGGUCCCUGCAUGGUUCCACGGUGCCAUCUCGAGAGAGGACGCCGAGAAUUUGCUGGAGUUAGAGCCACUGGGAUCCUUUCUCAUUAGAGUGAGUCACAGCCACGUUGGCUACACGCUGUCCUACAAAGCCCAGAGCUGCUGCCGCCACUUCAUGGUGAAGCUUCUGGAUGAUGGGAGCUUCAUGAUCCCUGGGGAAGAGAAGGCCCAUGCCUCGCUGGACGCCCUAGUCACAUUCCACCAGCAGCAGCCUGUGCGGCCACACAGGGACCUGCUGACCCAGCCCUGUGGGCAGAAAGAUCCAGAGAACUUGGAUUAUGAGGAUCUCUUCCUUUACUCCAAUGCACUGACUGAGGAAGUCACCAGCCCCGCCCAUGUCCCCAGGGAACAUCAGAAUCCUUCCUCCUCCUAUCCCAGGGCUGCACCUGAGAAGACCUCAGCAAGCCCGGUCCUGCUUCACUGGCCAAAGGGAAGGGAGCCACGAGCACAGAUGGACAGAGUCUCCAUGGAGGAAGCCACUUCCUCCUGCCCCCCAAAAGCUCCUCUCGAGAAGGCCUGCCGGAAACUCUGGAGGAACCUCAAGACACUCCCUGAGACAGGCAAGAGGGUCCAGCAGCAGCUGACAUUCCACCUGCCAUCUAUGAACUUGUCUUCGCUCUGGAGUGCUGGGCCACCUACAGUGACACACAGCUCAAGGACCACGCCAGGUGACACACACUGGGAAGAUAACGUCGACACAGACAGCUCAGUGGCCAUGUCCCCUGCAAGCCCCUCAUGGCCCCAGGAUCGGAGAGACAGAGCUGACCCAUCCAGGAAAGCCUCAAGAUUGGCCAGCUGGAGAGAGGCGACCCCGAGGGUCAAGGGUUGGCACCAAGCAGUAGUGAGGGCCCUGUCCUCCAAAGUGUCCAGACCAGAGACAAAGGACUUGGCAGAAUCCCAGAAGGACUGGCUCCCUGAGGAGUACCACCCACCACCACCCUUUGCCCCUGGGUACUGUUAAAGAAGAGCUUUGUCCUGGCUCUGGGGGUUGCUCACACUGGACCCCUUAUUAUUUACCCACCAGUCCUCAGGAACCGAGAAAUGUAAUAAAGACAUUGCUUGGG